GUUAAUUCUUGUUUUGCCUUUUUAUUUUUUCGAACUCUUCUAUGUUAGUCUUCACCUUCAGACGAUGGUGCAUGCAGCAAGGGAUGUUUGAUAGCAACCAAGUUCAUCGGUGUUAAGCGGAUUUUUAUCUGACCCGUUCAAUUUUUUUUCUUAGAAUUGAAGUUCGUUUGUAUUCCCCAGCCGGUUCUGAGUCUUCAUCCUCGAUUUGUUCAUCCGUUCAGUUGAUAGCGACAACAUCAAGACGUCGCAAGGACACUAUGGCUCGCGCUCGCACUAAUACCACGCAGCCAGCAGUUGCCCCCACGGCAAUCAGCUCCACUUCCCCCGAUGCGACGAAUAAAACCAGCGCCGCAAUUGGGAACAAUAAAGGUAAAUCGCUUCUGCCGCAAGUCCUGAUCCGGCCGCAGACGGAUUUGCACCCCAAGUCCAGAACCUUCAUCCGCGACGUGGUUGAGAUUCUGUACGAAAAAGUUUUCCUGAACGGUGAGGACACGUUGAGGCUGGCGAAGGAAGUUGAGGCGGCGACAAAGAGGGCGGGCGACAGCACGACACCUGCAACGAGCAUCGACGACGACGGAAAAUGGCUGCAGGAGGCACUGAUGCCCGAACAGGCGAUCCAGCCUUCCUACGAUUCCGACCAGGAUGCGCGGCAGUACAUGAAGCGGCUACAGUCGAAGCAGAAACACCAACUCUACGUUGAUUGGGUGCGAAACGUGUUGGAUUCUCGGUACGGAGGUGGCUGGCACGUGCUUUUCGGAAAGGAUAUGGGGUAUUCUUUAAGUUUGUACUGCACAAGGAUUCUGAACUAGGUGUCGAGGAAUCUUCUUCAGCUUUUUUCCGUCGUCGUGAAUUGGAAUUGCUAUGUGGUGUUUCGAAGUUUUCUUUACUUCUAGACAACGGACAGGUGGAGGACACGACAAUAAAGUGGAGGUAGCUUUGAAGAUACCUCCGAGCCUCUUCCAGUACUACUCCUACAUCAGUGAGUUGGCAUCAAGUGUUUACCGUAGCUGCAUUUCGAUUUCUUUAUCUUUUUAUUCACUUGUUCGUCCUACACAGCUUUUCCAAAAUAAUAAAAACCCCUAGGUUCGCCAUGCGGUACCGCAAAGGAUCUCUUGGCAUGUUCAGCAUCGGCAAUGCCGUCAGGGUGAUCGUCUACAAAUCUGGCCCGGAGGGCACCGCGCUGCACAACAAUCGCCUCGUGUGCACCCGACCGCCCGAAGUGAAAGCCGCCGCGUACAGUCUGACGGACAAAGACUGUCCGAAGCUGCAAAUCGUCGGCUGGUACGGGUACUGUGCGGAGGAGUGGGAGGACGAGGAAGUAGGAGGAGCAGGAAUGUUGACACAUGGGGAGAAAGAGCAGGAGGAGGCGAGAGAAGAGGAGGCGAGAGACGGCAAGGAAGCUCUACAACCGCACGAACCACGAGCCGCAGGCGGAGCAACAGAGGGCAACGACCCGACUACUGCUAUUCAAAUAAAACGGAAGGAACAAAUCCUCGAGUUCGCCCGGUCCCGGAAGCGGUUCGAACCGGUUAUCGAUGCGUUGACGAAGGCGGUUCCGUUUGAGGCGAGCGAUUCCGCGGUGUUCGCCAGGUCUUUACGGUACCAACUGACCAAAAACGCAGUGUUUGAGGACUUGGAAAAGGAAAAGAAAAACGCGGGAGAAGGCGCAUCAAGUGCUUCGUCGACCAACACUGCUACGUCCAACCUUACAGUUGAAAAUAUCCAUUGCAAGGAGAGUUCGCAGCGGGAUCUACUUCCUGAAGAAGGGGACAUCAAGCAAGCGUCUAGGACAGCCUCCGGAGAAGCAGAGAUCACAUCAGCCUCCACGACCUCGCCGUCUUUGACAGUCUGUCAGCCGAAAGCGGACAGCAGUUGGCACUGCUACAUCGGGUCGGACUACGCGGUGUCGACGGCGGUGACGGCGGAAAACCAGAUCACCGCCAUGUACAAAAAGAAGCGCGUCAUCGUCUUCCAGCACUGCAGUCCGGACGACCCGCAGAGCUUUUCCCCGGUCGCGCUGGCCAAAACGGUCUUCUCGGAUGGGCAGAUGUUGAUGAAAAUCCUGCCGUACUUGUGUCUGUUUCUCCUCGGCAUCUGGUAUUGCAGCCGCAAAAUCCUCUGCGUCGACAGGGAAAGUCUCGCAGGAGGAGCCUUGGCGGCGGACGGGACGGGACACGCGGAAGCGGUGGACAGAUCGGAGGCGUCAGCAGAAAACCUCACAGAUACGGCUGUGGGUCCAAAACUCACUGUGCACCCCAACGUGGAAGCGUACACGGGUCAGGACUUCGGUUUUCUCGUCGACACCGCGCUUUGCCGACCGGAUCUGGAGAAGAGUGGGAUUAUGACGUACGUCGCCGGGCUUUUUAUAGCGAUGAUGGUCGCAAGGAGCGUGUCGGGGAAGAUGGGCGGGGGUGGAGGCGGAAAGAGAUAGCGGAAAUAAUGAACAACCCCCAUCGGACAGACAGUUUUAGCUCUCAAAGGUAUGCUGUUGCAUCAAAUCAAAAUGAGAAAAAGCGCAUGAAUUCCAGACAGCGAUUUAUACGACAGUUAUGGCGAGGUCGAGGACACCGACUUAUUGAAAGAACCUCCCAUAAAGAUAAACGCGAAGCUACAAUACCCGCAGGAAUUUAUGACGAGCAUCCUCGUGCAACUGAAACCGUACGAACGUAAUUGGACUUCCGCCACGGUACACGACGCGGGCGUUCAAAUGAAGAAUCAGAUGAGUCUCUCUGUCUCUCUCUCUCUCUGGUGAGGGAGACGCACGGACAACCUCGAUCGGCGGGUUCUCUUGUUCGUAUCUACUCGUCGCCGUGCUUCAUCUCAGAAAGGCACGUCUAAAUCAUUUACCCCUCUGGUCAUCCUGACUGCCCCAGGCCCCACGAGGCGGCGAUCUGAAACAGGUCGGUCGUGUCUUUUAUUCGUCAUGUCGAAAAUACAAAUUUUUUUGCCUUCCUCGUCGUGAAGUAGCCAGACAUUGAGGACCAGCACAAACCAUGUCGGUACCUGAUCUUGUUUGCUGAUGGAAACUGAAGGUAGUCAAGUUUGAGAAUCCAAAGGGCGUGCGUGUCCCGAAGGCGGGUUGGCCGCACGGCACUGGUGUUUGCGUUUG